ACAUAUUUUGGUCAACAAAAGCGAAGCUCCGCUGCGGAUGUGAACGAACGCAACCCGUGUUGUGGCUUGUCUUGGGACGUCCGCACACUUUGGCCACGGAGGUUUUUUCCAGGAAUUUCUAUUUGCUAAGAUGGCUCACACAAUUUUACUAGUACAACCAGGACCGAAACCAGAGACCCGAACAUUUUCUGAUUAUGAGAGUGUCAAUGAGUGUAUGGAAGCAGGUGUUUGUAAGAUCUAUGAAGAGCAUCUGAAGAGGAUGAACCCCAACACACCAAGCAUUACGUAUGAUAUAUCACAGCUCUUUGACUUCAUAGAUCAGUUAGCUGACCUCUCCUGUCUUGUGUACCAAAAAAGCACAAACACCUAUGCACCUUACAACAAGGACUGGAUAAAAGAGAAGAUUUACAUCCUCCUCCGGCGCCAAGCAGCUAAAGCAAAUUGAGAUGUUGAUUCCAAUGAAAGAGCUCAUCAUAAGGACAGAACUGAAAAUACAAUGGAUUUUAAGAAGAAAGCAAGCUGGGGAUAAAAGAUAAUGAGUGGAUACACUGAUCAGACCUGUGUGACCUCUCUCAGAUGUCACACAUGAUAAAAAUCUUGCUGCACAUUGAGUAGGUCUCUCUCUCUCUCUCUCUCUCUCUCUCUCUCUCUCUCUCUCUCUCUCUCUCUCUCUCUCUCUCUCUCUCUCUCUCUCUCUCUCUCUCUCUCUCUCUCUCACCCCCUCCUUCCCUCCCUCCCUUUCUCUUUCUUUCUCUUUCUCUCUCUUCCUUCCCCCUCCCCUUCUUUCUUUCUCUCCCUCUCACCCCUCCCCCUUUCUCUUUUCCUUCCCCCCUUUCUCUCUCUCUCUCUCUCUCUCUCUCUCUCUCUCUCUCUCUCUCUCUCUCUCUCUCUCUCUCUCUCUCUCUCUCUCUCUCUCUCUCUCAUAUCCCCCCCUCUCCCUCUCCCUCUCUCCCUCCCCCUCCCCUUCCCCUUUCCUCCCCCCUCCCCCUCCCCUUUCUUGUUUUCCUCCCCUUCACCGACUUCCUGUCUUUCUCCUCUUUUUUUCUUCUCUUUUUCAAGUUGUUGGAGUGGUCUUAUGUCACUGUUGAUGUCUCCUGUUACUGUGUCAACAGCUUGGUUAAAUUAGGAUGAGAGAGAUAAUAUGUGAAUGGUCAGAUAUACAUUCAACUGUUUCUGAAAUCUUGUGAAUCUUGAUAGGAGUAAAAUGUCAAGGUACUUUGUGCUAUCACCAGAGUCACUAGCCAAACAACAGUGGCUGGGAUCACUUCUUGUGGAAUGUACAGGGCAGUGGAAAUAACAGUACAAACCCAGUGUGAAGCAUGAUAGUAUACCUUUCCCCUCAGUUUUUGUGAAUUAUGUUAGGUUCACAUUGUCACUGAACUCAAUGACAUAGAAUAAAUAAAAUUAAAUGAAUACUUCAUACAUGAAGUAGAAUGGAAGCAGUGUGUCUGUAUGAAUGUGUUGAUCACACUGGUAGUUUGUUAUUUUGGUAUUCUUUCUUUCUUGUGUAAUUGUAAACAGAUGCACUUCAUCCUCGUAAGCACCUUGGACUUAAUUUUCCAUUUUCUUUUUGUGUGUUACCAGCGUACUUAGGUCGUUUUCAAGUUAGAUGAAAUUUCAUGAAAGAUUGCAAUACAGCACAACAGAUGCAUCUUUUUUUUUUUUUUU